AUGACGGUAAACUCAUCUCAGAGUUCAUUCUUGGUGUUCAGUGCCUAUUUUGACAGCGGGCAUUUGAAAUAUUUAUUUUUUGUGAUCGUUAUGUCUUUAUAUUUUUUAAUCAUUACUGCCAAUGUCCUGCUGAUUGUGGUUAUCUGUGUGAACAGAAGCUUACAUGAACCUAUGUACAUGUUUCUGUGCAGCCUGUUUGUGAAUGAGCUGUAUGGUAGUACAGGGCUGUUUCCGUCCCUCCUGCUUCAGAUCCUCUCUGAUGUUCACACUGUUUCUGCUCCUCUCUGCUUCCUGCAGAUCUUCUGUGUGCACACAUAUGGAACUGCAGAGCUUGCUAACUUAGCCGUCAUGUCUUAUGACAGAUAUCUUGCAAUAUGUUUUCCUCUUCAAUAUCACACACGUAUGAGUCCAUGCAAGGUAUCCAUGCUCAUUGUUCUAACGUGGUUUUCCUCAUUUCUUGUAAUCACUGUUUUGAUUUCUCUGAGUGCUCCUCUGCAGCUGUGUGGGAACAUCAACAAAGUGUACUGUGACAACUACUCCAUUGUUAAACUGGCCUGUUCUGACACCACAGUCAAUAACAUCUAUGGACUCAUUUCCACUCCUCUCGUUAUCCUAUGCCCUGUAUCUCUGAUUCUCUACACCUACAUGAGGAUCCUUAAAAUCUGUUUUUCUGGAUCCAAACAGACCCGACAGAAAGCCGUCAGCACCUGCACGCCUCACCUCGCUUCUCUGCUCAACUUCUCUUUCGGCUGCUUUUUUGAAAUUCUGCAGAGCAGGUUUAACAUGAACAGUGUACCCAGCAUGCUGAGGAUAUUUUUAUCAUUAUACUUUCUAACAUGUCAACCUGUAUUCAACCCUUUAAUGUAUGGACUGACCCUGUCCAAAAUCUCUCUCACCUGCAAAAAACUACUCUGUGCUGACAUAUGGAGCAGCAAACCCUUCCGGCACCAGGAUGACAGUUUUUCUGCCAUCUUUCCUGCCUUUGCAAAGCACCAGCUUUUCCACCACCAUCCAAUGCUUGAAGAUGAUCCUGAUAUCACAAAUGGUAACAUACUGGGUGAAGGUGGGGAGAGUGGAGGACAGGGAGAUGUGAUUAAAGUCCCCAGAGAUCAGGAAAAGGGCCUGAGGGUGCUGUGUUUGGAGUCUGCUGGUUACAGUCGGACCUCCACGCGCUCUCCGGACAAAGACGCUGUAAAAAAUGUAAUAACGAACACCAUUGUCCAUAGAAUUCUGAGCUCCAUUGUGGGGGACAGCAGUCCACAAUAGAAAAACAAAAACAAUAAACACAAACAACAAAGAAACAUAUAUUAAAGAGAAAAAGAAGGAUUUGUUCAGGUCGGAGCUGCUGAUACUGGCUGCCAGCUCGGAGCAGCACCGGAAGUGUCUUUAAGGUCAUUAACAUAAGAUGGGGCCUGAUUAUUUAAAUCCUGUGAGGAGCAGGAUUUUGAAUUCAAUUCUGGAUUUAACAGGAAGCCAGCAGAGACAAACUGAUACAGACCAGAAAGGAUACAAAAAAGUAUCACUAGUUGUCAAAACCCGGGGCACAGGAGUCCAAAACAAAACACAAUGGCAGGCUCCAUGCCACGAUGGCGAUGGAGACAAAGCAUCCUCAGGCAGCUUGGCAGGUGGUCAGCGGCAGCAUGGGCAAAGAUCCUUGAAUGACUUGGCAGGUGGUUGGCCGCGGCCUGGGUGAAGACAGUUUGGCAGGCGCAAAUGGUGCAGGAUGUGGCUUGGCAAGUGCAGGCAGUGCAGGAUGUGGCAUGGCAGGCACAAGACGUGCAGGACUCGGUGUGGCAGGCUUGGCAAGUACAGAACCAGAUGACACUAAGACCUCUCGCUGAGACAUGGCUGGGCCAGAUGACAUGAAAACCUCUGGCUCGCAAAAGGCUCUGAUUGCUCUGGCUGGGGCUUUGCAGCGCUUGCAGGCACAGAAACUAGUUGGACAAUAACCUCCCCAAAACCCAACAGUUACAGGUGCAGAAGGGGACUGGGUCUCAGCUACCCUCGCCCUGGGACCUGGCACAGGUGCAGGCACCCGGCACAGGUGCAGAAACCCACUGAACCCAAGCCACCCCCACCCGUGGAACUAGUCCGGGUGCUAAGGCGGACUGGGUCUUGGCUAACCUCACCCUGGAAGCUGGCACAGGAAAAAGAGAUGGCUUAGUAUUGGCCUCAUGUUUGACCCAUACAAACAUCAGUCUUUGAAGAGGUUAGCUCAGCGAGAGAAAACACAGACUACAGAAAAAUUUGCUGUAGGUAGCUAGACAUAGUGCUUGGAGCAGCCGGCACAACACUUUUACAGGCAGGUUCAAAACACAGCACACAAAGAGCAGAUUCAAAGUCUUUAGACUGACAAACAUAAGGAUCAGUCUCUGAUUGACAGCCAGUCUAAUCCUAAGGGAAAUCCCAGAAUGUGGCAGACAAGUCAUGAUUCUGAGUCCUGCUUGACAAACUCAGGAGCAGAGAGUUCAGUACUGUCACUUGCCGGUUUGUCUGGGAACUUAGCCUAUAUCUGUCAUGGCACAGGCCGUCAGAAACAGGAUGGACCCAUGGGGCACGUUAAAAACACAGACACUGGAAUUGAUCGAUGGUCAAAGAGACCGUAACAGAGGAGAGUGGUAUCAGCGUGGGGUUUAAACGGUCUGCAAGAUUAUCCAAUGACACUGAUUCCCAGUAGCUUACUUGUCUGCCGGCACAUGUAGUAAAUUUGGAGAAGGUCUGGUUGAGUUUGAGGUAUUCCAAUCCGUGAAGAAGUCCAAUUGCAAGUGCAGAGAGGCAAGCAGGUGAGAAGAAUGGAGUCUAUACCGGAGUGAGCGUGGAGAAUACAGCAGUAAAAAUCCAGUGACCGAGUGGAAGGAGAAAUGUAGAUGGUGAAGUGAGUAAUCCAUGGACACAACUAAGCACAAGAGAAACAAGGUAAGUACAAGCAUGAGAUUCAAUGAAGUACAUGAGUUGGCUGAACUAACGCUGGGUAGCUGAUGAUAUGGCAAAGAGUUGUUGUGUGUGCUGGUCUUAAAUACUGUAGCUCCUAAUCAGCCCCAGAUGCAGCUCCCAGGAAAAAAACUAGGUCGACUCUGCCCAGAGGAGCAGAAACAUGACACCAAUAUUUGGUGAGGAAUGCAGCACAUUUGCCGACCAAUGAGCACCUCUAGAGUGGGGAGAGCUCAUUCAAAAGAAAGCAAUCCUACAUAUUUAUUUGAUAUGUGCAUUGAAGGACAUAUCCUGGUCAAAAAUGACUC